CCUGUGAACAUCUCCAGCCACGUCCAGGUGGUCACCCUGCCCCCGGCCUCGGAGACCUUCCCCUCAGGGACCGUGUGCUGGGUGACAGGCUGGGGCGAUGUGGACAAUGGAGUACAUCUCCCACCACCAUUCCCCCUGAAGCAGGUGAAGGUCCCCAUUGUAGAAAACGGCAUUUGUGACACAAACUACCACACUGGCCUGUCCACGGGGGACAAUGUCCAGAUUGUCCGUGAUGACAUGAUGUGUGCAGGAAACAUGAAGAGGGAUUCCUGCCAGGGCGACUCCGGAGGGCCCCUGGUCUGCAAGGUCAACGGCACCUGGUUACAGGCAGGUGUGGUCAGCUGGGGCAAAAGCUGUGCCCAGCCCAACAGACCCCGCAUCUACACCCGAGUCACCUACUACCUGGAGUGGAUCCGUCAGUAUGUCCCCGAGGAACCCUGAGCCUGUCCCUAAGGCUGCCGCUGGCGUCUGCAGAGAAGCCAGGCCCCUCCUGUCCCCUCACCACUGCUUCCUGCCCAGGUGGUGAUCUUCCCAUCCUCCCUGUCCCCUGCCCUGUCCCCUGCCUCUCCAGCUCACACACUGAUCCUCAUUAAAGAGCAUGGAAUACA